UUGGUUGGUAUAAUUGGUUAAUGAUUGUUGUCUAAAAUAUUAUUGGGAUCAUUCGAUCAUUAAAUAUUAAAUCUUGGAUUGUGACGAAUCAUACUAAUGAACUAAUGGCGUUUUCCAAUAAUUUUUCAUUAAAAUCAGACAAUGCCGAAUUCACUCUUCGUCAAAAAAGUGUUUUCGAUCAGCUAAUUGUUCUUGAAAAGAACAGGAAAACUGAUUUAGUUCUGCCAAAUGAUGAAAUGGAGGUGGAUAAAAUAGUCAAUAAUAAUAGUGGGGAAAGAAGACAGAGAUCAGUCACUAAACAUUUCAGAGGCAAAGAAAGUAUUUUCAAAAAACCACAGAAUCCAGUUCCGAAAAACUACAUGCGAAGUAUUCCAGACUUCAAAAAGAAUCCCCACAAAUGGACAAAGUAUUCCAUAGAUGAUGUUGAAGAUAUAUCUGAUGAAAGUAAUACAAGAACUGCAUUGAAUUUUUUGAAUGAACUUAGGAAAAGAAAAACAAUUCACAUGGAGUGUGAUCAGAAAUUAGAGGAAGUUCCAAACAAGAUUAUUUUCCAUAAACCCAAUUUAUUGGAUAAACAGAAUGACUUUGUAGACUCAUCAGGUACUUUAAAAUCUAGUUUUAUUAGUUCAAAAGUUGUAAUGCCUGAGUAUGUAGUAGGACAAAAAAAGAAGAAGGAAAGAAAAAACAAAAUCAUGAAACCCAUGAAUCAAAAAGAAUUGAAAUUAGAUCACUUGUUACAAGAUGAAGAAGAUGAAUAGAUAAGUGUAGGUGAAUGUAUUUGUCACCUAUUUGAAAUUGUGUGUACAUAAAUUAAAAGUUUUAUUAUUAUUAUAACAAGUUUUAAGUA